AUGACCAAACUGAUAGAAAAAGAUGGCCAAAUUCAAGUCAAUUAUUUAAACAGUGAAAACCAGAAAUUUGAUGUUAGUCAAUGUGGUAAAAUAGUGGCUCCAAAAUCUAAUCCAAAAGAAGUUAUUGAAAGCUGCUUGGCAGUACUAGACUUGAUAAAAGAAAAAAGGGCACCAGAUGGUGUCUUAUUGGAUCGUACAAAGAUAUCCUGUAGCCGUAAAGGUACUUACAAAAAUGGAGAAGAUUAUGAUGUAUUGGACAAGAUAUUGGGAAAAGGAUUAAAUGGUCAAAUUGUAGUUGUUCGUGAUAAAAAACUGGGAUCAGAACAUGCACUAAAAACGGUAAUGCUUGCCUACUUUGAUUCAAAUGAAAUCCGGUGUUGGACAGAUUUGGAAGGUUAUAAUAAUUUUCCUUCCCUUUAUAUGUUUAAUAAACAGAAUGGACAGAUUGAAUUUCACUAUGAAAUUCUUGAUAAAGCUGUCACUAUAUCUGACAUAAUAGAUAACCACAUGCUGAAAAUGAGAGAAAAUCAUGAGCUGCUGCGUCAUUUCUCUCUUUAUGUUCUUCAAGGACUUUUAGAAGCAUCUUCAGUAAUGCAUUCUAAAAAUUGGUUGCAUGAUGAUCUUCAUGAAAACAAUGCAAUGCUUCAAGCAAAACCUAGUAGUGAACUGAAGGUUCGUGUAUUGGAUUUUGGUAGAGCCAAAAAGCUGGAUAAAAAAGCAACUAUUACAAAUGACAUCCAUCAAAUUAUCCGUGUGUUUACUUCUGUGUAUGUAACUGAAAAGUUUCAAAAUGCUACAGAUCUCCAAAAAAACUGGGAGGUAAAAUUACAAGAGCAAGCAAAAGAGCUUCAACUGAGUAAAGAAAAUAAAGAUGAAUUGCUAAAUCUCAUUAAAAUUGCACUGGAUGUUCACUUGACUGAACAAGAAAUUGAACUGAAGGAAAUGGUGGACUGCAAAUUGAAAGAUAGCUUAGUGGAGAAUCCUGAUAUAAUGAAGGAGAUCUGCAAGCUUAUUUUCCCUGAUUAUUCUUUGGAAACAGAUAACGUGGAUGCUGGUUCAUCAGAUUUCAUUUCAUUUAACAUUUUUAAAAUUGGUUAA